UUUUUCGCAAAAUGGCGCCGUCCUAUAUGCGGAUGUGCUGCGGUGCUUCUAUGACUUUUCUGUGCGGAAUACGGUCCAUGGGGGUCACUGCGGGAUUCUGCAGGCUUAAAUUGGCUCCCACGCAACUCAGAUUAUGUUUAGUGAGGCAGUAUUCACCUUCCCAAGCGAGGUACGGCCUCGGCCAAAGCAUUGCGUCGAGGUUGAAAUGGGCAAAUGAAAAGUAUGAGAGAUUUCUUCAGCGACGCUUCCCUAGAUUCUACGUCCUCUAUUCCACAUUUAUGAGAGGAUUUCGACUCUUCUUUGAGGACGCCCGAGAAGUGCAUAGGAUCAGAAUUCGGAUGAUCAAAAACAACAUCGAUCCCCAGAAGUUGCCUUACCGUGAAAUGGAGAAGCUCAGACAGUUCCACAGAGACAUGAUCAAAGCCAUUCCUCUGGUGAUCAUCUCCAUUCCUCCUUUUGCCAACUACCUAGUGUUUGUUUUAAUGUACCUUUAUCCCCGCCAGCUUCUGAUUCGCCAUUUCUGGACGCCACAGCAGCUGGCGGAGUUUCAGGCAGUGUACCAUGCACAGAGGGCGCAGCAUCACCAGCCACUGCUCGGCGGUCUGAAGACGACAGCAUCGCACAUCACACAUGAACAACUGAAGAGCCGACUUACGGAGCUGUGCAGUAAAGUCCAGAGUGGUGCUCACCCUCUUGUGUCUGAUCUCCAUGCAGUGAGAACUUUAUUCUCAGGCCCUCCACUGGGUAUCAGAAGGAUGGGUGCAGAUCAGAUGAGACACCUUUGCACGUUGCUCUUCUUAACGCCCCGCCUCCCGGCGUUCUGGAUUGGCCAGCGCUUGAAUAGCCACGCCCUAGAGCUCAUGCACCUGGAUCGCACCAUCAUCAACCUUGGCCUCCACCAGCUCAAUGAUGUGGAGCUCAAAGAGGCGUGUUACGUGAGAGGGCUGAACGUGGAGCGGCUGAGUCCUGCACAGUGCCGAGACUGGCUGUCGCAGUGGCUGCAGUUCUCAGUGCACCUUAAAGAAUCAGAAACCUCGCUGUAUUUGCAUGGUAUGAUGUUACUGACGGUGAACUACCCAAAACCACCAUGCAGCUGAUGAGACCAUGUGUUUUUAUGCUACGCUGACCAUCAAGGAUCAGAAGUAAAGUAUACGAAAACCUCCUACGGGGGGGGAAACACAGAAGGAGUGAAUGACUACUGUUAUCAGAGACGUGCCAGGCCAGUAUCAGGAUCAUACAGUGCAGCCCUCAAUUACAGUGUUGAGUGAAUAAGAGAGGGAACGAUCGUAAUCUUCUACUUAUUUUUGGACUUUUGUUUACUUGAGCAAAGUAAUUAGAAAGAUGGGUGGGAAUUGUGAUGAAAGCAGUAAAAACAAUACAUUGCAGUAAAACACUAGCGGAAGUUGGUCCUUCCUUUAGCCUUUAUACUGUCAGUCUUCUGUAAAUGGAACAUUUGGAUCCAUUCCACAUUUACACACAACUUUGAACCUCAGAAACCCAAAACAUUGCAUGCAGCACGUUCUAUUUAUACAUAUGAGAUGGUUAUGAACAUGCAUCUAAGAACGGAUGUAUGGGAAAGAAAAAAAAAAAAAACCUCAUUCUGUUUACAUGGAGCAUCGUGGUUUUCUGUCAAAUACGGUUCAACCACAGAUUGGUGUGGUUUCUAAUUUUGGCUUGUGCUUUGUUGCAUUUUCAUUUUGUUGUUUUCUUCCCAUUGCUGCACAAGUUUGCUACGAUGCAUGCAAUUCAUCUACAUCAUCAUUGAUUUUUAUCGCUGCGAUGAAGCACAUACGUCUCCACACAAGGACACUAACUCAUGUCAGUGAAGUCGAGCCCGCAGAAAAAUCCUAAAAGCACUGAUGUACAGUUAAAAUGAUUUGCUCCACAUAUUGGAUUGAUUCACAAUAAAGUAACAAACGGUUUCAGUUUGGACUGCAGUGACUGAUAAGCCUGUAAAUGUGCCUUGAUGUUAUAAAGAUGUGUUUCCAAUGAUCUCUGCUAUAUAAAGAACAGAAAUACUUUUUAUUUCACAUACAAAUCCAUUGUGUGUGUGUGGUUUUUU